GCUGAUCUGAUGACGUGGUGUCGUCGCUCAGCUGCGCGAGAGGAUGGCGGACCAGAACAGGCAAAUCAAACUCGCUGCAGCUAAGAAAAAGCUGAAGGAGUUUCAGCAGAAGACGAUUCCAUCCACAGGAAGUGCCGGACCAAAGAAGAAGAGGAAGGUUAAAGGAGAUCAGACAGACGCUCCCGCUGACCGCCGCUCUCCAGAAAAUGUGAGUCAGAUUGAGAAUAUUCUCAAAGUUAUGGUGUCUGAUCUUAGUCUGACUAAUGGAGUUUCUCAGCCUCCAUUUGUCAACAGCAGUCAGGAGCGUGUGGAUAUCUCGCAGGAGCUGGAGGAGGCCAGCGCUGAACCCGUCUCUAACCCUGCUUCUGCUAUUAACACUGAUAAUUCUGCACUGCAGCAGAAUUAUCCAGCAGAUGCUAAUGGUGAUGAACACCCUCUAGAAAACAACAGGCCGCUGUCCUCCACAGAAAGCCUCCGGCAGCUCUCUCAGCAGCUCAAUGGUCUGCUCUCUGAGUCAUCAACACACAUCAAUGGCGACAGCGAUCCGCCCACAGUCAAUGAGAAGGAGCUGGAGACUCGUAAUCAGGAGUUAUCUGCUGCUCUGGACUCCAGCGCUCUCACCAACACACAGCUCACGUCCAAACUGGAGACUCUGGUAAGACUGUGUGAUUCAGAGGCAGAGGAUCUGAGCUCGCGGCUGCAGGCCACUAAGCAGCGAGUGUCUGAGUUGGAGAGGACGCUAUCCUCAGUGUCUACACAACAGAAGCAGCACGAGAGGCACAACAAAGAGCUGGAAAAGGAGAGAGACAGUCUACGGUUAGAGAUCAUCAGAUUUAAUAAUGUGAGUGAGGAGUCCAGGCAGCAGAGCUCUGAACUGUCCGAGCAGCUGAAGCUGAGAGUGGAUGAAAACAGCGCUCUGAAACUGGAGCUGGAGGAUCUGCGCAAACGCCUCGAGAUGGCAGACGUCAUGCUGCAGCAGUUCUCCAGUCAGUCUGGUCCUCCAUCUGAACACCAGCAGCUCCAGCUCCUCCUGGAGGAAAAACACCAGUUAGAGAGCCACGCAACUCAGCUGAUGGAGUCGGUGGCUCAGCUGCAGGCGGAGAGAGAUCAGUACGCUGUACAGAUGCAGGAGGACGGACGAGUGUGGAAAGACAAAACAGAGCAGCUCCUGUCUCAGGUGCGUUUGAUGUCAGAGGAGCGAGACGGCACUGCUGCUCAGAUUCUGGAGCUGCAGGAGAGGAUUAUAGAGCUGGAAAACACUGCAGCUGUGAUGAGCACAGAACAGGAGCCGCAGGCCGUGUCUCAGCUCUCGGGGCCCUCAGAGACUGAACUAGCCCUUCAGGAGACCCUCAGCAGCCUUCAGCAGGAGAGAGACGCACUCAGUCUGCAGUUUCAAGCGCAGGUGCGGGACAACGAGCAGCUGAGCCGUCUGGUGCAGGAACAGGAAGUGAAGCUGCAGGAACUGGAGCGGCAGGCUGAACGUACUGCCGAAGACGCUCAGGAUCGCCUGCGGAUUCUGGAGGACGUCCAGAGCGAUAAAGCCACCAUUAGCAGAGCUCUGACCCAGAACCGAGAACUCAAAGACCAGCUGGCAGAGCUGCAGAACGGCUUCGUUAAACUGACCAAUGAGAACAUGGAGCUGACCAGCGCCCUGCAGUCCGAGCAGUACGUGAAGAAGGAGAUCGCCCGCAAGAUGGGUCAGCUGCAGGAGGAUCUGCACAAUGCCAAAGAACAGCUGCUGGAGAGCUCGUCUGAUCUGGCGUCAGUGCAGGAGCAGCGGGAUCAGUAUCUGGCUCAUCUGCAGCAGUACAGCGCUGGAUAUCAGCAGCUGCUGGUGGAGCGAGAGCAUCUGCAGAAGCAGUUCCUGCAGCAGACGCAGCUGAUGGACCGACUGCAGCACGACGAGGUGCAGGGCAAAGUGCAGCUGGAGCAGAGCCACAUGCAGCUGCAGGAGGUGCAGGAGAAACUGAGCCGUCUGGCCCGAGACAACGAGGAGUUGAAGACGGAGGUGCAGGAGCUGCUGAACGGAUCCAUCAUGAACACAUCACACCGAGACGAAGGUGAUGGGCUGGAGAGUCAGACGCUCCCCGAGAGCUUCCAGAAAUCACAGAUCGCCAUUCCUGAAGACUUCGAGAGCAGAGAAGAAAUGGAGGAGUUUAUCCACUCUGUGUUGUCGCGUGUGGAGGCAGAGCGAGAUGAAAUGAGCCGCCGGUUGGAGGAGGAGAGGAGAAUUCAUCAGGACACCAGGCAGCAGCUGUCAGCCAUGAGCCAUGAUCACCAUCAUCAUCAUCAUCAUGAAACUCACAGCACGUGUUCAGAGACAGACGGCUCUCAGGGCGUCCCGGUGGAGGUGCACGAGGCUCUGCGGGUGGCGAUGGAGAAACUGCAGGAGAGAUUCACUAAGCUGAUGCAGGAGAAAGCGGAUCUGAAAGAGCGUCUGGAGGAGCUGGAGCACCGCUGCAUUCAGCUCUCUGGAGAAACUGACACUAUCGGUGAAUACAUCGCGCUGUAUCAGAACCAGAGAGCCAUCAUGAAGCAAAAGCACGUUGAAAAGGAGCAGUACAUCAACAUGCUGGCGAAAGACAAGGAGGAGAUGAAGACGAAGCUGUCGGAGCUGCAGGAUCUGGUGAUGCGUCUGGUGGGCGAGCGUAACGAGUGGUACAGCAGAUAUAUGAGUGCUGUGGGAAACCCAGAUCUGCUGAACUCUAAUGCGGAGCUGAUCCACCCUGCAGAGAGACGCAUGGAGAUCAGCGGUGUGGACGCUCCAGCUGUUCUGGACAUGAGCACAGCGCUGGACGUGUCUUCAUCUCCUCAGUCCAGCACAGAGCCAGAGAUUCAAUCCCAGAGUUCAGAGCGGCCCGGAUCCAAAGUGGACCCAAUCUCCGGCCCGUCCCUGAGACCCCAAGAAGACGGGACGGCCCGUCAGAUCAUGCAGCUCCUUCAGGAGAUCCAGAAUCCUCAAUCCAGACCCGCUCCAUUCCUCGGAGAAAACCCCUGCAUCCCGUUCUUCUACCGGCCCGACGAGCACGACGAGGUCAAGAUCCUGGUGGUCUGAAUCUAGAAUUGUUAGCGACAUGGACGUGCAGUUUACAUGCGUUUUCACUCUGUUUCUCUGGAUUUCUGGAGGAAUUCUGGACUUGUGAUGCUCUGUUUGGCUUGUGUGUUGAUUCAUACGGAUAUCAGCUCUUGCUGCUCUCGACUGAUUUGCAGAUUAGUUCACUAAGUGCAAUAGACAGAGUUUCCUGACAGAUGAUUCAGAGCAGUAAGAUUCAUUGAUUCGAUCUGAAUCAAAUAUUUGUUCGGUCUGAAUCAAUUGUUUGUUUGGUCUGAAUUGAACGUUUGUUUGGUCUGAAUUGAACAUUUGAUUGGUCUGAAUCUAAUAUUUUAUUGGUCUGAAUCAAAUACUUGUUCGCUUUGAAUCAAUUUAUUUGUUUGGUUUGAAUCAAAUACUUGUUUAGUUUGAAUCAUAUAGUUGCUCUGUCUGAAUCAAAUACUUGUUCAUUCUGAAUCAAAUACUAGUUCAGUUUGAAUUAAUUGUUUAUUUGGUCUAAAUCUAUUGUUUGUUCAGUCUGAAUCAAUCAUGUGUUUGGUAUGAAUCAUAUUGGUUUGGUCUGAAUCAAAUGUUUGGUUUUGUCUGAAUCAAACGUUUGGUUUUAGUCUGAAUCAAACGAUUGGUUAUGUCUGAAUCAAAUGAUUGUUUUGGACUGAAUCAAAUGAUUGGUUUGGUCUGAAUCAAAUGAUUGUUUUGG